UGUCAAUGUGACAGUAUGACGUCGACCAUGUACGUCACAGUCUGUCACUGUCAGUCUCUGUUCUUUGCUGUUGCAAAAGUUCUGACUCAACACUUUACUACUUAAUAAUUCCAUAAUUGUUUAAUUUACAUACUUUUUUUUACGAACCUAGUGACGCAUAUUUAACUGUUAUUAUUCUGUUUAGAUAUUACAUUAUUAGUUACUACUGAAAUAUUUUAUUAUAAUGAAAUGCUACCUCGUCGUCGCAACAUUGCAGGAGGGAGUGUAACAGACAGUACAGCUUUACUGAAUAACGAAUUGGAUACAUACGAUAAAUUGGACAAAAAAGGAGCACCCUUUUAUAAAACAUAUAAUCAAAACGAAAACGAAUUUUCCAGGAAACAACAAAACCUAUUAUCGGAAGACGAAUUUACAUUUGAGAUUCUUAAGGAUUUUGUGUUUGAAACAGUAAUGGCAGCAAGAGAUAGAACUAAUGAAUUUGUAACGACUGUCCGUAGUCUUCAGGGGCGGACACUUGCCAGACCGGUAGUGAGAGAUGAAAGAAAAGCUGCAGUCCUUGAAACAUAUUCCCAAUUUAUGAGCAUGGCGAAAGUCAUAAGUAAAAAUAUUUCAAGUACAUAUGCCAAACUGGAAAAGCUUGCCAUGUUGGCUAAAAAGAAAUCUUUAUUUGAUGAUCGACCAACUGAAAUACAAGAAUUAACAUACAUAAUCAAAGGAGAUCUAAGCUCUUUAAAUCAGCAAAUUGCAAGACUGGGAGAAAUGCCAAGAGGACGCCGAAGCAUGCACAGCCAUUCUUCAAGUGUUGUUGUUGCACUCCAAUCUAGGCUUGCUUCUAUGAGUAACCAAUUUAAACAGGUUCUUGAAGUAAGGUCAGAAAACCUAAAGCAUCAAAAUACUAGACGGGAGCAGUUUUCAAGGGUAGCUCCAUUGGUCACAGAAGUACCAUCUCUCCUUCAACAGGAUGAUGUAAGCAUAGACUUCGGAGAAAGUUCCAGUCUACAGGUGCAGAAAUUUGCGAUGAGAGAUGACUCUGAUACUUAUGUGCAACAACGAGCUGAAACUAUGCAUAACAUAGAAAGCACUAUUGUCGAACUUGGAGGAAUAUUCCAGCAACUAGCACAUAUGGUCAAAGAACAAGAUGAAGCUAUAGGUAGAAUAGAUGCCAACAUACAGGAUGCUGAGAUGAAUGUAGAAGCAGGACAUAGAGAAAUAAUGAAGUAUUUUCAAAACAUUACUGGCAAUAGGGCACUCAUGUUUAAAGUAUUUGGGGUCUUGAUAUUCUUCUUCAUAUUCUUUGUUGUGGUUAUGGCUUAAUCUUUUUUAAAAAAUAUACUGAUCCUGGUAUAGGAAAGGGACAUUCCUACAAAUUUAACUCAAAUGACAUUUAAAUUUAAAAGUUAUAAACAGCAAAGAUGUGUUGUCAUCUAUACUUUAGUACCAUGGAAUGGAUAAUAAAUAAUUAUAGUUAGCUAUAUAAUGGUUUUGAAUGAAAUGUUCACAUUUCAGAAUAAUAAACAUCCAUAACUAAUAAACUGUCUCUUUAUACUAAGGAAAGCACAACAGAUACAAUUAAAAUUUAUGGUGAAAUCAUUAAUUUAUUAUUAGAUGAUGCAGGCAACAAUAUUAUUAUAUGGCAUAUAGUAUACUACUAUCACUACAAAUGGUGACAUUUACUUAAAAAAAAAAUGGUUUAGCAGAGCUAAUGAGUUCUGUAGCGGUUUUUAUGGAUAAUGAUGGAAGAGACCAUUGCCUGAAAUAUGAACAUUUCGAACCUCAUUAAUCAUUAUUUUGAGUAUAUAUAUUGUUUAACUAUAUCUAUUGAGAUUAAAUGUACGUUUAAUCUCAAAAACUCUGUAUAUAAGAUAUGUAUAUAUGUAUAAUAGAGCAUUAAAGUCUUUUAUUUAAAUAGUCUAUGUCACUUCAAGUUGGCGAAACUGAGAUUUUAAGCAAUAAUAAACCUAUAUACUGUUGUGUGUUGUAGUGUUAUGCCACAUUAUAUAGUGGGGUUUGCAUUGCAUGAUACCUAUAUAAGUCUGGAUAUUUAUACAACCCAUUGCACAUUGAAACUAAUUCUGCUUGCAAAAUCGUUGAGACUUUAUUACAUGUACAUAGUUCUGUUCUUAAGAGCUCACAGUAUGGAAUGAUUUAUGAACUGUUUAUUAUAGCUUGCCUUGUUUGUGUCAUCUGUGGCUCAAAUCUAGUGAUUGGAAUUUAUUUUCCAUUAUUAAUAAUGACUGAUUCCAUUCCAUUAUUAUUAAUGAUUUAAUAUAUUGGUACAAACAAUCUUUUUUAAUAACAAUAAAAUUAUGCGGAGGUACUACUAUUACGAAUUCAAGGUGGCCACCACCAACAGUCAAUACAGUUUACCUAAAAUACAGUUCUAAUUCUAAUAAAAACAAAGGACUGUCAAUUUAUAAUAGGGAUUCAAGCAUGAAGCCCUACAUACCAAUUAACAUCACUUCACAGAAUCUAUGGACAGCAUUAGAAUAGUUAAAAAUAAUGAUU